AUGCCAAAUGGAGGUUUAUAUGCGCAAUCGGGCGUACCUGCAGUACCCUUCUAUGCGCAGAAUGCAAGGGCAGGUCGCCGUGAUCGCAAUGACCCAAGUUUACGGAGCCCCCUCCUCGAAGAGUUCCGAGCGAACAAGACUAGGAAAUGGGAGCUUCGUGACAUUUAUGGCUAUGUCGUUGAGUUCAGUGGCGAUCAACAUGGCUCGCGUUUCAUUCAGCAGAAGCUCGAGAGCGCAUCUAGCGACGAGAAACAAAGAAUAUUCGAUGAAAUCGUCCCCAGCCACACACUUGCUCUUUCUCAGGAUGUCUUUGGCAAUUACGUCAUCCAAAAACUCUUUGAGCAUGGCACUCAGAUCCAGAAGUCCGCGUUGGCAAACACGUUGGAGGGACAUGUACUGCCAUUAUCUCUGCAGAUGUAUGGCUGUCGCGUCAUCCAAAAGGCGAUCGAGUUCAUUCUUCCCGAGCAACAAGGCAAAUUUGUAAGGGAGCUUGAACCGCACCUCGCCAGAUGCGUAAAGGACGCCAAUGGCAAUCAUGUCAUUCAGAAACUCAUCGAGCGUGUUGCUGCCGAUAAGCUUGGUUUUGUCCAUAGUUUCCGCGGGAACGUGUAUGAUCUCUCCACUCAUCCUUACGGCUGUCGCGUUCUCCAAAGAUGUCUGGAGCACCUUCCUGAUGACAUGACUCGUUCUCUUAUGGACGAGCUGCACAAGUAUGUAAUUAACCUUAUGCAAGAUCAAUUCGGGAACUAUGUCGUCCAAUUCGUGCUCGAGAAAUGUCAGCCGCAUGAUCGCUCCCUCGUCAUAACGAAACUCCGUGGUCAGCUCUUGAAUAUGGCUCGGCACAAAUUCGCGUCGAACGUCUGCGAGAAGGCUCUUGUCACCGCUAAUUACGACGAGCGUCGUACUCUCAUUGACGAGAUCAUUACUCCCAAGGCCGAUGGUGUCAGCCCCAUCGUGUCCAUGAUGAAGGAUCAGUAUGCCAACUAUGUGCUACAACGUGCUCUGACUGUUGCCGAGGGCGAGCAGAAAGAAAUUCUUGCUAAUAAAAUACGCCCUCAACUUACCGCCAUGCGACGGUACUCUAGCGCCUACAGCAAACACCUUAUUUCAAGUGAGGAGUCGUUCCAGUAUUAUUAG